CCGCUCGGCUUUGCCGGCGGCCACACGCGCUCCAGCGGGCGGUGCAGGGAGCGCCCAGGCCCGGCGUCUCGGGUCGCCGGCCCAAUGCGCCCGCUCGGUCUCGUCUACACCCUGGUGUGCGCCAACCUGUGCGGCUGUCGGGACGCCCCCGCGGCCCCGCAGAGCGCGUCCCUGCGGGCCCUGCGCGCCGCCGGCCUCCGGAGAGAUGACAGCAAUCACCUCACAGACUUGUACCGAAGAGACGAGACCAUCCAGGUGACAGGAAACGGCCAUGUGCAGAGCCCUCGCUUCCCCAACAGCUACCCCAGGAACCUGCUUCUGACGUGGCGCCUGCGUUCCCAGGAGAAGACAAGAAUACAGCUGGCCUUUGACAGUCAGUUCGGAUUAGAGGAGGCGGAAAAUGAUAUCUGCAGGUAUGAUUUUGUGGAGGUUGAAGAUGUAUCUGAGACCAGUACCGUAAUUAGAGGGCGGUGGUGUGGACACAAAGACGCUCCCCCCAGAAUAACAUCAAGAACAAACCAAAUUAAAAUAACAUUCAAGUCUGAUGACUACUUCGUGGCUAAACCUGGAUUCAAGAUCUAUUAUUCUUUUGUGGAAGAUUUCCAACCCGCAGCAGCCUCAGAGACCAACUGGGAGUCCGUCACUAGCUCUAUCUCCGGGGUAUCCUAUCACUCUCCAUCAGUAACGGACCCCACUCUCACUGCGGACGCUCUGGACAAAACAGUCGCAGAAUUCGAUACCGUGGAGGACCUGCUGAAGCACUUCAAUCCAGAAUCGUGGCGAGAAGACCUUGAGAAUCUCUACUUGGAAACCCCCCAUUAUCGAGGGAGGUCCUACCAUGACAGGAAGUCAAAAGUUGACCUGGACAGGCUCAAUGACGAGGUCAAGCGCUACAGCUGCACCCCCAGGAAUUACUCCGUCAACUUACGAGAGGAGCUGAAGCUGACCAACGUGGUUUUCUUUCCACGCUGCCUCCUCGUGCAGCGCUGUGGCGGUAACUGUGGCUGUGGGACCGUCAGCUGGAAGUCCUGCUCCUGCAAUUCAGGGAAAACUGUGAAGAAGUAUCAUGAGGUGUUACAGUUCGAGCCUGGCCAUUUCAGGAGGAGGGCCAGAGCCAAGCACAUGGCUCUCGUCGACAUCCAGCUGGAUCACCACGAGCGCUGCGACUGCGUCUGCAGCUCAAGACCGCCGCGAUAGGAGAACGUGUGCCAAAUCCCCUCGCGCGUGAGGGAACCUUUCGUGUCGGGGGGCGGGGGGUUGUGAGAGGCCCUGUUCCACCAGCAGCCGCACUUAGGACCGGCCCGUAGAGCCGUGAGCGCCGGUGGGUGCUGAACCACCGCCUGGCUCGCUCAGCCACAGCAGGUGGAAAGGCCCCUCAUCAGCUUCUGUCCCCCAGAACACAGGAUGGUGGGUAAUGAUAGUGUCAGAGAGCGUGCACGUGCAUACAUACGUGUGUACGCUGUCCGUGUCUACGUGUAAAUACAUCAGCUGGUUUCUUCCGUGUACCCCAGAGCUUACGUAUGCUGCAGGUCUAUAGACCCUUAAAAUCUUUUGACACAUUGAGGGACAAAUUAAAUACGUGAAAUGCGUCCUUGGAAGAUUCAGAAGAUUACUUUGUUUACUUCUAAAUUUGAAUCACAAAACAGUUUUGGAUCUUGUUCUUUUAAAGAAAGCGCUGUGUAUACUAAAAAACCAAUAAAUGGGCUUUUCUUAUAGAUACAUCCUAAUUAUAAAAAAAAAAAAAAAAAGAAGAAGAAAAAGAAGGAGAAGAAGAAGAAGGAAAAAUCCGGUUUCUGGGAAAAAGGCAGAGACCUGACCAUUUUUCCCGAGGGACGCACUACACGCUUACCUAUGUAGGCAGCAAUUACCUGUCUGCAGAAGCAUGCGGUAAUAAUAUAGAUGCCUUAGAAAUUAAGUCGUUAAGUCUUUUUAUGCACCCUGCUGAGGCACGCAAAUUCAUUUAACACCUGUCGCAAAAAAAUCUCUCAGAAGGUUUAUGAUUAUAAUCCUUCCAGAGACAAUUUAUCAACUGUCGCAGAACUUUGAACGCUUUCUUUCUGAAAGCCCGUCCACAGAAAUGACGCCUUUGGAGAAUGGCCUGGGGAGUCCGUGGGGGCCUUUCAGAAUGGUGUUCGUCGGAAGAUUUGGGUAGUUGAAAGCAAAAACGGUGAACACAGAAUUACUAACAUAACUGGAGGUUGGAUGGAAUAUUUAAUUGGCUCCCUGUUUAAUAAUGGAUCCAAACUCUCCGGGUUAGGCCAAUUCGUUUUAUGUAUCUUGCUUUUCUGUUCCUGUCUCUCUGAUACACAAACAUGGGUUUACGAUGGCGUUUUAUAUCUGGCAAACGUCACGAAUUAUUUACAACCUGAAAGCUUUCACGUAUCAGAACAACCCAGUUUUGUUGACGUGAAUUCCCGAUCACAUCCUCACUCCCCGGUCUGAAUUCCGGCUUCCGGACUAAGCGAAGUCGGAUCUGGGGGGCGUGGUUCUUGCCACAUCUGUGGAGCUGUGUUGUGAGAAGCCACCUGCAAAUCACAGGCCCACGAAGGUGGCCUUGCUCCACCAGGGUUUCCUUCCUGGGGUUUCGAGUCAUUUUCCCUCCCCGGCUCCUCAGUGUCUGUUUUCAAGGAGACUGAAUCCACAGAGUAGUGAGUGACUCCUCCUUCUCCAAAGCAAGACUCUUGGGAGAACGCACUGGACCCCAGAGAGCCGUGGGGCUGUUCCGAGAGGGCUCCGUUUCUGCCUUGAACCAAGAGCUGAUUUCUUCUGUGAGUCUGGGGCCCUGUGUGCUAACACCGUUUGAGUGAGGGCUGUGUGACAGGCUGGGUUAGCGCUGGGGUCGGUAAACAUACUUGGACUUCUGAGCCUGGACCAGGUUCUCACCUCUCCUUAGUGGGAACUCCGUCUUUUCUCAGCCCUUUGAGAGGGAAGGCUCAUGGCAGGUGCACCUUGAAAACGUCCCUAGAAACCUCCAGUGUUUGUACCGCGACGGGGCAGUGGGAAGAUCGCCGUAUUGGUCACUUGUCCAGAAUCCCAGACCCGACCACAAAUGGCCGAGGCAGGCGCACUCGUAGUGAGCCCCGUGAAGACGUUGGCCUGUGCACCCCAACUCAAAGUGGGUGCACGCGGCGUCAUCUUGGGCAGCUCCCAUCGUAGCUGUAAGUAGGAAAAAUCAGUGUUCUACCCAAUUUUUAAUAAACCUUCCAGGCUGCACCAACCGGGUCGGUUUCCAGUUAAAGCCCCGUCUGCACUUUUUAUUUAUUAGCUGAAAUGCAAGCAGUCGUACUCACUCACGUUUCUUUCCUCUUUCCUGAGUGUUUUAUUAAAACGUCUCCCUCGGUUAUCUGUUAUCUCUUGCGUUUCCAACACGGAGCACAUAAAUGUUUCAUUGCCAUCAAAGGAAUAAAAAGCUCGCCGUACAAAUUACAUUUCAAAACAAACCCUAAUAAAUCCGCGUUUCUGCGUGGUUCACUCACCUGGAA